AUGCGCAUGCUGCGUUGGUCUGCAGGCGUCACUCUGCUGGAUAAGAUUAGAAACCAGUACAUCAGGGGCAGUUUCAAAGUCACACCGAUAACAGAUAAACUUGUUGAGAAACGUCUACGGUGGUACGGGCACAUUCAAAGACGACCUCUUGAACAUAUGGUCAAUGUAGCCUUAGCGAUGCCUACGACGACGCGAGGAAGCGGGAGACCACCUGCCACUUGGUUGACGACGGUGGAGAAAAGCCUGAGAGAGCAAGGGAUUAAUGACGCACACCUGGCACUAAACCGUGCAGAAUGGAAGAAGAGGACAGGGAGGGCCGACUCCAAGUAA